UGUUUUAGGUGCCUAGUCAAACCUUGCCUUAGUGUGGGACCCCCGGCCCGGGUAUGGCUCUAAUCGAGGGGGUGGGGGACGAGGUCACCCUGCUCUUUGGGGCGGUCCUCCUGCUGCUGGUACUGGUGAUUGCCUGGGCCUCCACGCACACGUCUGAGCCCCCCGAACACCUCUUCACCACACCCCCUACAGCCGCCGCCUCCUCUUCAGUCUCUGCCUCCCUCCAGCUCCGGACCGCCCCCUCUGACCAGCACCCAGCUCCCAAUAACGUCACCACCAAUGACAGCGACAGUCCGGAGUUGCCACCUACCACAACCACUCUGGACAGCCUGACUCCACCUUUGGGGGAGGAAGGUAAGGCAGAGGCGGGAGGACGGAUACCUGAGGGGUGUGGAGAAAGAGGAGUAGAGGGGGCAGGUGGAGAGAGCAGCCUUCUGGAAGAAGAGGGGUCGGGCUUCAGGAGGGAUGGUCUGAGACACCGAGAGCGGGUUGGAGAUGGCCAGGUUGGAGCCGGCCCCUCUCCUUCCCCUUCUUUCCCCACCCCGAGUCCACUAGACAGUGCCUCAAGUGACAGCCACUCCCCAGAUGUGGAUACUGCUGACGCUGCCGAGAGGAACAUGGUCUUGCGUCUUAAGUUCCUCAACGACACAGAGAGGAUGGCCCAGGUCAAGCCUGAGGACACCAUUGGUUACAUCAAAAGGUACCUAUUCUUUUGAGGUUUGUAUCUAUCUAUUGAAUUUAGCCUAUUCAUUCAUAUCAACACUGAGACAUACAUUCAUUUGGUUGGUCUCCUAGUUAAGAGGGCGGCUUACCCAUACAAGUAGACAUAAACUUCUCCUAUUUUGUAUUUUAUUUAACCUUUAUGCAGGGACUUAAUGCAUUUCACCAGAUUUAGCCAAGUGCAAGGCAAACUAAUUCUCAACAGAUGAAUUUGCAGAGCCAUCUCACAGCAUUCUGUGUCUCCUUAUAGACCUUGGGGAUGAUGCCACACAUGGCAAGGUGUUUCAGGAUGCUUUUUAGGCUCACUUAUAGCAUCAAGGGAAUCGGCUUAAUAGUCUUCCAAAUACUUAGGCAGAAACUAGCCCUCAAGGGAUUUGUGGGUUGUAGUUAGAUUGUUUGAAUAUAAUCCCUAUGGUUAAUAUUUGGGUAGUGUGUUUACAUAGAUUCACACUGGUGCCGACCGCUAUUGAGGCUGGCAGAGGUGAAGGGGUGGGUGUGUAUCAAUCAGACCUGCGUUCAUAGAACUAUAUUUCAAUUACUUUAAAAUACAUUAGUAAAAAGUAUUUAGAUUAGGUUAUUUGAAAAUAGACCUAUAUUUAAUUGAGUAUUGAAAUGCAUUUAGAAAGUAUUGGCAGGCAUUUACAACUACAUCUAUUUGAAGAAGACUAGUUGUUUUUAGCUGUAUAUUUGAAAAUAUCCAAAACACGAAAGUGUAUUUCCAAAUAAAAAUACUGCUGCUUGUGGCAACAUGAUACUGCUGAGUCUCAUUUGAAGAUAGUGUACAAUUUAUAAUGUGGUGCCCUUAACUAUGUAGCGUAUUUCAAAGUGGGAAACCAUUGUUUAUCUUUUAGGGUUAGUAAAUCUAAGGGACGUUCUAUAUGAAUUAAAUCACUCUUUGACCUCAGCCUAAAAACCUUCCAUACAUGUUUGUUCUUGGUAGAAGUGGUCAGAAAGCAACGUUUUGGACCUGAAUGCUAAAAUAUUCAAGAGAUAGAGGUGCUAAAAGUUUACCCAUCUGCACACCCCACCCUACCAUGAAACAUCCAUGUCUUCAUCACUUGAAAAGAGAAACAAUUUAGUUUAAUAUCAUUUGAAAGCUUACAAACAGGGUUGUGAAAUUGAUAGUAUUCAGACCCCUUUUUCCACAUUUUGUUAUGUUACAGCCUUAUUCUAAAAUUGAUUAAAUACAUGUUUGUCAUCAAUCUACACACACUACCCCAUAAUGACAAAGCGAAAACUGGUUUUUAGAACUUUUUACAAAUGUAAUAAAAAAUAAAAAACAGUUAUCACAUUUACAUAAGAAUUCAGACCCUUUGCUAUGAAAAUCAAAAUUGAGCUCAGGUGCAUCCUGUUUCCAUUGAUCAUCCUUGUGAUGUUUCUAAAACUUGAUUGGAGUUCAAUUGAUUGGACAUGAUUUGGAAAGGCACACACCUGUUUGGAACCACCAAGACUCUUCCUAGAGCUGGCCGCCCGGCCAAACUGAGCAUCAGGGGAGAAGGGCCUUGGUCAGGGAGGUGACCAAGAACCCGAUGGUCACUCUGACAGAGCUCCAGAGUUCCUCUGUGGAGAUGGGUGAACCUUCCAGAAGGACAACCAUCUCUGCAGCACUCCACAAAUCAGGCCUUUAUGGUAGUGGCCGGACGGAAGCCACUCCUCAGUAAAAGGCACGACAGCCUGCUUAGAGUUUGCCAAAAGGCACCUAAAGGACUCUCAGACCAUGAGAAACAAGAUUCUCUGUUCUGAUGAAACCAAGAUUGAACUCUUUGGCCUGAAUGCCAAUUGUCACGUCUGGAGGAAACCUGGCACCAUCCCUACGGUGAAGCGUGGUGGCAGCAUCAUGCUGUGGGGAUGUUUUUCAGCGGCAGGGACUGGGAGACUAGUCAGGAUCGAGGGAAACAUAAAUUGAGCAAAGUACUUGAAGAAAACCUGCUCCAGAGCCCUCAAGACCUCAGACUGGCCAAUGACCCUAAGCACACAGCCAAGACAACGCAGGAGUGACAUCGGGACAAGUCUCUGAAGGUCCUUGAGUGGCCAAUCCAGAGCCCGGACUUGAGCCCGAUCGAACAUCUCUGGAGAGUCCUGAAAAUAGCUGUGCCGCGACGCUCCCCAUCCAACCUGACAGGGCUUGAGAGGAUCUGCAGAGAAGAAUGGGACAAACUCCCCAAAUACAGGUGUACCAAGCUUGUAGCGUCAAUCCCAAGAAGUCUCAAGGCUGUAAUCGCUGCCAAAGGUGCUUCAACAAAGUACUGAGUAAAGGGUCUGAAUACUUAUGUAAAUGUUAUAUUUCAGUUUCUUGUUUUUAAUAAAUUAGCAAAAAUGUAUAAAAACCUGUUUUUGCUUUGUCAUUAUGGGUUAUUGUGUGUAGAUUGAUGAGGGGGGCCGAAACAAUUUAAUCAAUUUUAAAAUAAGGCUGUAACGUAACAAAAUGUGGAAAAAGUCAAGGGGUUUGAAUACUUUCCGAAUGCAUUGUAAAUGUAAAUUAUCCCAAAACUCAUAUACUACAAAAAAUUUAAAUAAAUUGCAUGUGUUGUAACUCAGACCGUAUUUUACUAUAGAAAGUUACUGAGGCAUGAAUAUAAUACUUCACGAAAAAUUAUGUUUUGGGGGCAUGAUCUCUGUGCAUCUGUAACUGCGUCUGUAAUGAGUUUCAUCAUUAUCCACGAUUCAUUCAUGAUUAUCCAUAAUCAUGGUAAAAUCCACAUUAAUUUAUAAGUGCUCAGAAACAUAUUCUUAUUUACAAUAAAAGUAACUCCAAAAUGACAAUAGAUUACUUAACAAUUCAUUUCUAUUGGGCACAACAUAAUCCCAAAACAAACUGCAAAUGCAUCCAACAAGUUUGUAAUCAUUGCGUGCUAAGAAUAUGGGAUCAAAUACUAAACUUUUGACUAAAUUUAAUACACUAAGUGUAUUUGUCCAAACACUUAUGACACCUUCAAAUGUGGAGACUAGAUAUAUAUAGUGCUUUCAUUUUUAAACAGUAAAUCAGAUAGUUAUGAAAAUACCCUCAAAUAAAAGGUGACAUUCUGUACUAUCACCUGAUAUAAAACAUUUUAUGUCAAAUACAAAAUGCUGGAGUAUAGAGCCAAAUUUAAAGUUAUAGCGUCACUGUGCAAAUAAAUAAGUAGGGGAGUGUUUCUUGAGGAAUAUAACUUAUAAAUGUCUCAUGAAUUUAUACUGAACAAUUGUAUAAACGCAACAUGUAAAGUAUUCAUGAGCUGAAAUAAAAGAUCCCAGAAGUUUUUCAUAUGCACAAAAAGUGUAUUUAUCUCAAAUUUUGUGCACAAAUUUGUUUACAUCCAUUACUGGGCAUUUCUCCUUUGCCAAUAUAAUCCAGCCACCUGAUAGGUGUGGCAAAUCAAGCAGCUGAUUAAACAGCAUGAUCAUUUCACAGGUGCACCUUGUGCUGGAGACAAUUAAAGGCCACUUUAAAAUGUGCAGUUUUGACACACAACACAAUGCCACAGUCUCAAGUUUUGAGGGAGCGUGCAAUUGGUAUGCUGACUGUCGGAAUGUCCACCAGAGCUGUUGCAAGAUAAUUUAAUUUUAAUUUCUCUACCAUAAGCUGCCUCCAACAUCGUUUUAGACAAUUUGGCAGUACGUCCAACCGGCCCCACAGACCACUUGUAACCACGCCAGACCAGGACCUCCAUAUCCGGCUUCUUCACCUGCGGGAUCGUCUGAGAAUUUGGGUUUGCACAACCAAAUAAUUUCUGCACAAACUGUCAGAAACCAUCUCAGGGAAGCUCAUCUGCGUGCUCACCAAGGUCUUGACCUGACUGCAGUUCGGCGUCGAAACCGACUUCAGUGGGAAAAUGCUCACCUUUGAUGGCCGCUGGGACGCUGGAGAAGUGUGCUCUUCACGGAUGAAUCCCGGUUUAAACUGUUCCGGGCAGAUGGCAGACAGCGAGUAUGGCGUUGUGUGUGCGAGCGGUUUGCUGAUGUCAACGUUGUGAACAGAGUGCCCCAUGGUGGCGGUGGGUUUAUGGUAUGGGCAGCCAUAUAAUAAUAAUAAUAAUAAUAAUAAUAUGCCAUUUAGCAGACGCUUUUAUCCAAAGCGACAUAUGCUACGGACAACGAACGCAAUUGCAUAUUAUCAAUGGAAAUUUGAAUGCACAGAGAUACCGUGACGAGAUCCUGAGGCCCAUUGUCGUGCCAUUCUUCCACCGCCAUCACCUCAUGUUUCAGCAUGAUAAUGCACGGCCCCAUGUUGCAAGGAUCUGUACACAAUUCCUGGAAGCUGAACUUUUCCCAGUUCUUCCAUGGCCUGCAUACUCACCAGACAUGUCACCAAUUGAGCAUGUUUGGGAUGCUCUGGAUCGACAUACGACAGUGUUCCAGUUCCUGCCAAUAUCCAGCAACUUCGCACAGCCAUUGAAGAGGAGUGGGACAACAUCCCACAAGCCACAAUCAUCAGCCUGAUCAACUCUAUGCGAAGGAGAUGUGUCGUGCUGCAUGAGGCAAAUGGUGGUCACACCAGAUACUGACUGGUUUCUUCUAAAUAUUUGCAUGUUGGAGAAAUAAAGUAAAUUAUAGGCGUUAUGGAUGUGAAUGGACAAGCUUUUUGAGGAGAUUGACCAUAUUAGCAAAAGUCUGAAUUUGUAAGGCUUGGGUAAAAACAUGGAUAGCCAUUUCGAAAGGAAAGCUCUGCUGAACACAAAAAUUAUACAUUUGAAAAUAUUGUAAUUUCCAAUAUCACCUUGGAGAGAAACAACUGUCUGAAAUAGACAUUCAAAUAUUAAAAAUGUAUAUCUAAUCAAAUGUAAUUGUAUUGGUCACAUACAUGUGUUUAGCAGAUGUUAUUGCAGGUGUAGCGAAAUGCUUGUGUUUCUAGCUCCGACAGUGCUGUAUAUCUAACAAGUAAUAUCUAACACUUUCACAACAUAUACCCAAUACACACAAAUCUAAGUAAAGCAACGCAAUUAGGAAUAUGUAAAUAUAUGCACGAGUAAUGUCAGAGCGGCAUAGACUAAGAUACAGUAGAAUAGUAUAGAAUACAGUAUAUACAUAUGAGAUGAGUAAUGCAAGAUAUGUAAACAUUAUUAAAGUGACUAGUGUUCCAUUUAUUAAAGUGGCCAGUGAUUUCUAAUCGGUAUAUAGGCAGCAGCCUCUCAUGUGCUAGUGAUGGCUGUUUAACAGUCUGAUGGCCUUGAGAUAAAAGCUGUUUUUCAGUCUCUCGGUCCCAGCUUUGAUGCACCUGUACUGACCUCGCCUUCUGGAUGAUAGCGGGGUGAACAGGCCGUGACUCGGGUGGUUGUUGUACUUAAUUAUCUUUUUGGCCUUCCUGUGACAUCGGGUGCUGUAUGUGUCUUGGAGGGCGGGUAGUUUGCCCCCAGUGAUGCGUUGGGCAGACCGCACCACCCUCUGGAGAGCCCUGCGGUUGUGGGCGGUGCAGUUCCCGUACCAGGUGGUGAUACAGCCCGACAGGAUGCUCUCAAUUGUGCGUCUGUAAAAGUUUGAGAGGGUUUUAGGUGCCAAGCCAAAUUUCUUCAGCUUCCUGAGGUUGAAGAGGCGCUGUUGCGCCUUCUUCACCACACUGUCUGUGUGGGUGGACCAUUUGUCACCUUGAACAUUUUUCAGCAGAAGGUAAAGUACUUUAGGAUUACAUCAUUACAGGUAGCCUGAAUAAUAUACUGCGUAGGCUAAGGCCAGGCACCACACCCUAAUAGGGUCAUUUUUACUCUUUACAUACACUGAGUGUACAAAACAUUACGAACACCUUCCUAAUAUUGAGUUGCACCCCCCCUUUCCCAUCAGAACAGCCUUAAUUAAUCGGAGCAUGGACUCUACAAGGUGCUAAAAGCGUUCCACAGGGAUGUUGGUCCAUGUUGACUCCAAUGCUUACCACAGUUGUGUCAAGUUGGCUGGAUGUCAUUUGAGUGGUGGACCAUUCUUGAUACACACGGGAAACAGCUGAGCAUGAAAAACCCAGCAGCGUUGCAGUUCUUGACACAAACCUGUGUGCCUGGCACCUACCAUGCACCAUUCAAAGGCACUUAAAUAUUUUGUCUUGCCCAUUCACCCUCUGAAUGGCACACAUGCACAAUCCAUGUCUCAAUUGUCUCAAGGCUUUAAAAUCCUUCCUUAACAUGUCUCCUCCCCUUCAUCUACACUGAUUGAAGUGGAUUUAACAAGUGCCAUCAAUAAGGGAUCAUCGCUUUCACCUGGUCAGUCUUUCGUGGUUAGGACAGGUGUUCAUAAUGUUUUGUACAAUCAGUGUAUAUCACAAUUAACAUUAAUAAAUAAUAAUAAUAUGCCAUUUAGCAGACGCUUUUAUCCAAAGCGACUUACAGUCAUGUGUGCAUACAUUUUUAUGUAUGGGUGGUCCCGGGGAUCGAACCCACUACCCUGGCGUUACAAGCGCCGUGCUCUACCAAUUGAGCUUAAUCAGUUGAAUGUAGACACAAACUUGAGAUUUGUAAUAAAAUAUGCAAAUGAGUCAAUAUACAUGUGCCUAUACCGCCAAUUCAAUUGGAGACCAUAUAAAAACCUUGAUGAAAGUUAGUUUUACAGAGAAAGUUUCAAGAUGCUUUGCAAAACUGUUUCCUAAAAAACCAUUAUGGAUGUUGUUACAUUACCUGUUGCAAUCAUCCCCCUAUCUUUUUACAGGACUGUAGAACUCGCAAAUAAAACCCAGGACACUUCAGUGUGGUCUGUAUUACUUCAUUUUGUUACGUUACAGCCUUAUUCUAAAAUUGAUUAAAUCGUUUUUUUCCCUCACCAAUCUACACACAAUAACCCAUAAUGACAAAGCAAAAAGUUUUGGGGGGAUUUUUGCAAAUGUAUUAAAAUAAAAAAUUGAAAUAUCUUAUUUUACAUAAGUAUUCAGACCCUUUACUCAGUACUUUGUUGAAGCACCUUUGGCAGCGAUUACAGCCUUGAGUCUUCUUGGGUAUGACGCUACAAGCUUGGCACACCUUUAUUUGGGGAGUUUGUCCCAUUCUUCUCUGCAGAUCCUCUCAAGCUCUGUCAGGUUGGAUGGGGAGCGUCGCUGCACAGCUAUUUUCAGGUCUCCAGAGAUGUUCGAUCGGGUUUAAGUCCGGGCUCUGGUUUCAAAAUGUUUUACAAAAACGUUUCCUAAAAAAAACAUUAUGGAUGUUGUUACAUUGCCUGUUGCAAUCAUCCCCCUAUCUUUUUACAGGACUGUAGAACUCGCAAAUAAAACCCAGGACACUUCAGUGUGGUCUGUAUUACUUCAUUGAGAUGUCAACUUCAUAACAAACACGGGGGGACAGCUGUGAGUGGAAAAACAAGCUUUGUGAGCCGUUUCCAAAAGCCAUGAAAUAUGAUUGACUGAAAAGCCUUAUUUGAGACUUCCUACUCUGUAAUGGCCAACAGUCAUGCAAUUUCUUACAUAAACUCGUCAAAUAAAGCAUACGUUCCAACAUAUAGUUCAUUACACCUGCUAGAUCCUCUGGGAUGAGACCACUCUCGGCAGAUGUUGUGCACAUAUGUUGCAUGUGGUCUUCCCGGAGGUCUCCACUCAUGAGAGGUUAACCACAAUAUGAGACUGAUGGCGGCCAGCAGAAAACUCCAUAACCUAGCUCUGAUGUAACCCAUGUCCUUUCUCCCCAACCCCACUUCAGGACCUACUUCGCCGGUCAAGAGCACCAGGUGCGCCUCAUCUACCAGGGCCAGCUGCUACAGGACGACGGCCAGACACUGGCCUCGCUAAACCUGGCUGACAACUGCGUCUUGCACUGCCACAUCUCCCAGCACGCCACCAGGGCAGCACCAGCAGGGGCCCGGGCUGCCGACCAGGUCCACGUGGCCCUCAACGUGGGCAGCCUCAUGGUGCCCCUGUUUGUGCUCAUGCUGUCUGUGCUCUGGUACUUCCAGAUCCAGUACCGGCAGUUCUUCACCGCGCCCGCCACAGCGUCACUGGUGGGCAUCACCAUUUUCUUUAGCUUUGUGGCGUUUGGGGUUUAUCGCCGCUGAGGUGAGUUUCCCUUUGGGACAAGCCACGUCCCGGAUGUUCUUAAUGAGCUUAGUUAAUUUGCAGUAGUCAAAGUGGCUUCGGAUUGUCUCGUUCUAUUUAUCUGCACUGGUGUGGAAUAACUAGACAGACAGCUAUUGCCUCAGUAGGUGUCCUCUAGACUACCAUAUUGUGUUUUCACAUUAGUGCAGAUGAAGGGGAGAUGAGGAGGCCAUUUUAGACUAUUGACAUGUACCCUUACUUAGCUCCCCUCCCUUCGUGGUCACUAUUCUCUGUGAAACAAGCUUUUUGUUAUGUUUUUGUCUCUUUCCUUCACUUUCCUUCCCCAAAUGCACCAUUCAAGUAAAGAAAAAUCUCACACAGAUGGAUGUGCUAUGAUGUUUUUGUUUUUUCAUGUUUUUUAUGUAUAGCGAUUCUCAUUGUGCCUAUCCUAAUAUUAGUUUUUUUCUUAUGUAUACUGGUAUGCAACCGCCUCCAGUUUAGUUGGUGCUUGCCUGUAGAUGAGUCUAUUUUUGGGGCUUACCCCCUUUUGACUCGAGGCAGGACUUGGACUAGGCCAGAGGACCAUUUGUCUGUUUGCCUGUCUGCAGUCUUUCUCACUGCAGUGAUGAAGGUUCAACUGCUGUUGUGAUGUAUGUAUGUAUGUUGGAACUUAAAGCAUAAUUUUUGUGUAAAAUAUGGCUUUUGAAAGCAAAAGAUUCAAAUUCUAUUAAAUCAUUCUUUUAUUUACUA